ACUGACUCAAGAGCUGGUGACGCGACCAUCGGAUUACUUGCCUGCGGUAAGCAGCGUCCCAAGCCCACUCACCUCACUGAGCAGUUGGAGGAAGCUGUGACGGAAGUUGCUGGGGAGUUAGUCCGUUUAGCUGACGGUGAAACCACGGAAACUGCUCAGGUCUUGUUGGAAUGGGAAGCCAACCCGGUUGGCCUUCGAGAAGUACGAUCUGAACAGGUUUCUCGUUUGGUGAAAGUAUCAGGGAUCGCUAUAAACGCAUCUGGCAUUCGAGCAAAGGCUGUUAGACUUAGCCUCCAGUGCCGCGGUUGUCGACAGUUUCUGCCAAACCUUCCCGUAAAACCCGGUCUGGAAGGCUACACAUUGCCACGCAAAUGUCCAUCGGCACAGACUGGUGGUGCUACCGGAGCAAGGUGUCCCGUGGACCCAUUUUUCAUCGUCCCAGACAAGUGUAAAUGUGUGGACUUUCAAACGGUUAAGCUACAAGAAGCACCGGAAACAGUUCCACAUGGUGAGAUGCCUCGACAUAUUCUCCUGUACUGUGACAGGUAUCUAUGUGAACAAAUCGUGCCGGGCAAUCGGAUUACGGUUGUCGGUAUUUACUGUAUCCGAACCACUUCGAAUAAGCCACGAUCCGGUGCUGGGGAGCGCGCGAAUCUUGCCGUUAGACAGCCAUACGUUCGUGUACUUGGCCUCAGCAUAGACACCGAAGGUCCUGGACGCAGCGCGCUUGUAUCGGGCUCACUGACUGGUUCAACCACAACUGCGACGCUCACCGAAGCAGACGAGGAGGAGAUUAUUGCUCUUGGCCAUUCCCCAAAUAUUUACGAAAGAUUGGCACGUAGCAUAGCACCUUCUAUUUAUGGUAGCGUUGAUAUCAAGAAAGCGAUAGCCUGUCUGAUGUUUGGCGGCUCAAGAAAACGCUUACCUGAUGGUCUUUGUCGACGUGGUGACAUCAACAUGCUUAUGCUUGGCGAUCCUGGAACGGCAAAAUCACAACUUUUGAAAUUUGUCGAACGUUGUGCUCCCGUUGGGAUUUACACUUCUGGCAAAGGUAGUUCGGCAGCCGGUCUGACUGCAUCUGUCAAUCGCGACCCGUCUUCCCGCAAUUUUGUUAUGGAGGGUGGUGCUAUGGUUCUGGCUGAUGGUGGUGUCGUGUGUAUCGAUGAGUUUGACAAAAUGCGAGAAGAUGACCGUGUAGCAAUUCAUGAAGCUAUGGAACAACAGACAAUCUCUAUUGCCAAGGCCGGGAUCACAACCACCUUGAACAGUCGCUGUUCUGUGCUAGCUGCAGCAAACAGUGUCUAUGGUCGCUGGGAUGAAACGAAGGGAGAAGAAAACAUCGAUUUUAUGCCGACGAUUUUGUCCCGUUUUGAUAUGAUUUUCCUGGUUCGUGACGAACACGAUGCACUGCGUGACAGCACUCUCGCGAAACACGUUAUGCGUGUCCACCUUCAUGGCAACGAUCCUGCUCCUGUUGGUCCGGAGCAAGUUGAAAACACUGAUGAGAUUCCUCUCAGUACACUGAGGCGCUUCAUCGCUUACGCUCGUGAACGAUGCGGUCCGCGCCUCUCGGAGCAGGCUGCUGAAAAACUGGCCAACCAGUACGUUCUCAUGCGUUCUGGAUCCGUACAUCACGAGCAGCAAACAGGCAAGCGCAGUGCAAUACCAAUAGCAAUCCGUCAACUCGAAGCCAUUGUUCGUAUCGCGGAAGCACAGGCGAAAAUGCGCUUGGCACCUUUCGCGAAUGAAGCUGACGUUGAAGAGGCUCUGCGUUUGUUUCAUGUAUCCACACUGGAUGCAGCCAUGUCGGGUAGUUUAGAAGGCGCUGAAGGUUUCACUUCUCAGGAUGAACACGAUCUAAUUCUGCGCGUGGAAAAGCAAUUAAAACGCCGGUUCGUCAUUGGCAGUCAGGUGUCUGAGCACGCCAUACUGCAAGACUUUACUCGUCAGCUGAUUGACAUGCUGAUUCCAUAUCAACAUUCCCACCCGGACGCUACAGAUCACCUUACCGAUUCUUUUGACGGCAACAGUCGAGUUCCGAUAGUCUCUCACAGGCUGGGGCUUUUUCCCCUG